AUGAUUGUUACAAAUAUCUGUACAGAAUACGGAAUUGUUAAUGGCGCUAUUGGUGAACUGAUGCAAAUCAACCGUACAAUAACUGCUAGUGGUAAAGAAGUCGCUCAUAGAGUGUGGAUAAAAUUUGAUGAACCAGAAGUAGGCUCAAUUACAAGACAAAAAGUUAAAGGAAAGUUGUCCUCUCAAGGAGAAGUAUCCGAUGACUGGUCUCACUGGACACCUAUUGAAAUUACGCACUUGGAAUUUCGAAUUGGAAAUUCAGAAAACCGGAAGGUAACUAGAACACAAUUACCUUUAGUUGAGGCAUUAGCAUUGAUUGUUCAUAAAUCACAUGGUGCAACAUAUGAAAAUGUUGCAUACCAUGUGCCUAAAAAGUAUUUACUGUGUAAUAUGCUUUAUGUAGGAUGCAGUAGAGCAACAUCAGCCAAGGGCUUAUGUAUAGACUAUUUUCCAUUUAAUCCACCUAAACCAUCUUCAAAAGUNUUAUAG